GGGGAGAGCCGGGUUCCUUUGCAGGGACGCGGUCCCGUCCACAGCGGAUCCCAAUGCGACUGCUCAUCCUCCUCCUCCUCUACGCUGUCGUCCGUGCGAACUUCUGCAGCCGUCAGGGCACCACGGCCCCUGCCCAGAGCGGAUCUAUAAGAGCCCUGCGGUCCUCCAACAUCAGGCGCGAUGAGAGCAAUCACCUCACAGACUUGUACCGAAAAGAAGAGACCAUCAGCGUGGCAGGGAAUGGCUGCAUCCACAGUCCUCGCUUCCCCAGCAGUUACCCCAGGAACCUCCUGCUGACGUGGCGGCUCCACUCCCCAGAGAACACCAGGAUCCAGCUGGCUUUUGAUAAUCAGUUUGGGCUGGAGGAGCCUGAAAAUGAUAUCUGCAGGUAUGACUUUGUGGAAGUGGAGGAUGUGUCAGAGACCAGCACGGUUAUACGAGGACGGUGGUGUGGACACAAGGAAGUACCUCCAAGAAUAACAUCAAGAACAAAUCAGAUAAAGAUAACCUUCAAAUCUGAUGACUACUUUGUGGCUAAACCUGGAUUCAAGAUUUGUUACUCGCUUGUGGAUGAUUUCCAGCACGCGGCCUCAGAAACUAACUGGGAGUCAGUCACAAGCUCUGUCUCAGGGGUAUCCUAUCCCUCUCCAUCAGUGACUGACCCUACGCUCACGGCGGAAGCACUGGAUCAGACCAUUGCUGCAUUUGACACAGUGGAGGAUCUGCUCAAACACUUUAACCCGGACUCCUGGCAAGAAGAUCUUGAGAAUUUGUACACAGACAGUGGGCACCAUUAUCGAGGCAGGAGCUACCAUGACAGGAAGUCCAAAGUUGACCUGGACAGGUUGAAUGACGAUGUGAAACGUUACAGCUGCACUCCGAGAAACUACUCUGUCAAUUUAAGGGAGGAACUGAAGCUGACAAAUGUAGUUUUCUUCCCCCGCUGCCUCCUUGUCCAGCGCUGUGGAGGAAACUGUGGCUGCGGGACUUCAAAUUGGAAAUCCUGCACGUGCAUGUCAGGGAAAACAGUGAAAAAGUAUCACGAGGUGCUGAAAUUCAUCCCUGAGGCUGGGCAUCCAAGAAGAAAAGGCAGAACCAGGAACAACAUGGCCUUAGUAGAUAUACAGCUGGAUCACCAUGAGCGAUGUGAUUGUAUCUGCACUUCAAGACCACCCCGAUAA